AUGCGCCUUAUCACCCACAACUUGCUCAUGUGCAACAAAAAGGGUGUUGAAAAUGGAUAUCCUCUGAUGAUUGAGGCUGAAGAGGUCGAAGUCGUAGCCUGCGAUUUUCAAGCUGCUUUCGUGCGCAAGAUGUUGUCGAAGCUAGACUGGAGCGCGUUCCUGACUGGUGCCAAAGCGCUGAAGCUCGCGGACGGCCUCCCGGACACUUUACCUAGCGCUGAAGAAGGCGAUUCGGACGAAGAGAUUCUCCGCAAAAUUCACCAUGUGCUGUUAGAGGUGCAUGUAAAACACGGAAAGCUUGUGUGCCCCGAGUCAGGUCGUGUCUUCCCCAUCAUCGAUGGCAUCCCAAAUAUGCUGCUGAACGAGGACGAGGUGUAG